AUGUCCAAAGAAAAUUCAAAGGUUAAAGAGGUCGAAAAGGUCGGAGUUCAAAGGGACUUUAAGAAACUCUUCCAACCAUUCUUGUUCACUAUUUCGGUCGGUUGUGUAAGUUAUGUUGGAGCUUCCAUCUGGCAGUACGAAAAUCUUAGAAGGAAGGUGAGGAAGAUCAACGGUGGAGUUGUCGGCGGAGGAGGUGGUGUUAAAUCACUGGUGGAAUGGUUUGUCAGCCGGGGAGCGGACGGUGGUGGUCAUCAUGGCCUUGAACUUCGGGGUUUUCCUGCUCUUCAACCUACCAUGAUCAAAUAUUUUACUGCCAGUCCUUAUUCUGGCGCACCAUGCGUCUCAAUGUUCCUCUCCUCCUUCAGCCAUCAUUCAUUCUUCCACCUCUUCGCCAACAUGUACGUUCUCUGGUCUUUCACUCCAUCCAUCAGCGCCAUCUUGGGCCAGGAACAGUUCCUCGCCACCUACGUCACUGCCGGAGCCAUAAUGGCUGUGCUGGGCAUGGUCUGCUCCAGGCAUCCAGACGCCCACCUCAGUAUCGCCUUCGUAGACAAACUCAUCCCUCACUCCUUCUCUGCUGGUUCGGUCAAUCUAUAUGCUGCUCAUGUUGAUGUCUGUCUGUCUGUUUGUCUACUUGUCUAG